AUGUCUUCUGCUAACGUUGCCGCGAAGAGAUCUCCGGAUGCCGCAGCCACAUCGCCAGGAUACCAAGGGUCGGAUGGCGCUUCCUCGAAUCAACAAACCACAGAGCAGCACGCGGUGAGCGGUGCUGAGUCCCAAGCAGCGCCUGCCUCAGAGCCGGCAAAGGCAAAUGAGGUCGUGGAGCCCAGCACCGACGCCGCUGCGGAUGGUGCCGGCGAGGUAGCGGCUGGCGCCAAGGCAAGCGAGGAGAGUGGCGGCGAUGCCACGCCGAAAGAGGCGGAGGGAGGCGAGACGGCGGCGGCGGCGGCAGGCACUCCUAGUGAGAACAAUCUGAUCAUCAACUACCUGCCAUCCCAUGUCACGGAGAUCGAGCUGCGGAACAUGUUCGCGGUACACGGAGAUCUAGCGCAUGUGAAGGUAGUCUACGACCGAUCGACGGGCAAGAGCAUGGGCUAUGGGUUCGUGAAGUUCACGACCAAUGAGGCGGCGGCGGCCGCAACCCUUGCAAUCAACGGCAUGGCCAUCGACCGGAAGCGGAUAAAGGUGAGCAUAGCUCGGCCUUCGUCAAAGGACAUCAAGAACUCGAAGUUGUACGUGACGAACUUGCCGGAUCACUUCAGCCAGGACCAGGUCGUCGAGGUGUUCGAGCAGUGCCGGACCCUGGUGGACCCCAAGACCACCAUCAGCCGCUGCACGGCGUUCGUCCAGUUUGACACGAGGCGAGAAGCCAAGGACGCGCUCAAGUUCAUGAACGGGCACGUGCUCCCCGGGGCCAAGAAGGGCCUUCUCGUCAAGUUCGCCGAGGACCACCACCGCCGCGUACAGCGCCAGGAACAGGGCCAGCACGGUGUGAAGGGGGGCCGUGGGAUGGACAGUAUCCAGGGCGCGGGGGACCAGUAUGGCAACCAGCAGGGGCCGCAUCAGGGCAAGGGAAGGGGAAGGGGCAAAGGAAAAGGAGGGCGCGGCGGCGGGGGCGGAGGCGGAGGCGGCGGCGGGGGCGGGAUGUACCGGGGCAACAACCAGAGCAUGGGUCCGCGGCACGGGGGACACAUGAACCCCGGCUUCAUGAACAACAUGGGCAUGCAGGCACCCCCACCGGAUGGCUCGUCGCCCCUCACGCACCAGGGCAUGAUGGGGCGCUACGGCAUGCAGGUCCCCGCCGGAGGUCCGGCGGCGGCGGCGGUUGCCGCCCAACAGGCCGCGGCCUUCCACGCGGCGCAGCAGGUACCCGGCGGCUACGGCAUGAUGCACCUCAACAACUCCAUGAGCAUGAUGAGCGUCGGCGGCGGCGCGCCACCCCCACCAGCCGCAGGAACGGGGCCCCCGCCGCCCCCGGGGCCCGGCGGAAGGGCCGACGGCCGGGGGGCAUCCGGGGGUGUCGUGGACGGGAGCGCGGGCGGCGCGGUGACGUUUGGGAUGGGGGGCGCCGGCGGCGGGGGUGGUGCGAACAGGUCGAUGAUGAGGGGGGACCAGCAACAGCACGCCGCGCCGGUGGCGGGCAUUCCCCCGCAAAUGCUGUCUCCGACCGGGGGCUACGGGGGACCCGGGCCAGGAAUGGCACCUUACGUGUCCGAGAGGAAGGGUGGCAAUCUCAGCGGAGGCGGGGGCCCCGUGACCCCGGUCAAGCACCAGCAGCCGCAGGCGGCGGCUGGCGGGGGGGACAGGGGGGAUUCGCUCCAGCAGAAGCAGCAGCAGCCGCCGCCGUUCGUGCUGAGGGGCGUGUAG